AUGGCGAACUGCGCCAAAGUUGCUAUUGCCGGUAAACGGCUGAGACCGCUAGAACCACGUCAGCAGCUGACAAAGCAGCCUAAUGCUCACGUGGCAAGGUUGAGCCGGGAUUCGACCUCAUUCUCGGCACUUCACGCUGUGGAGAUGCUUAGAACCACUCCUCUGGUAGUGAUUCGUCGGUUUAGUUCGAAUUCUGAUAAGAAUAAUCUAAAAAAAAUCGUAGUUUGCCGUAACGGCAGCGUUGCUGCUUGGCAUCCAGAAACGCCAUUCCCGUACGAGCAUUCGAGACCCGUUGUGUUAGAGGAAGCAAAGAAGGAGGAGUCUCCAUUGUCAAGAGCAGUGAAUCGCACGAGCAGGUGGAAAGACGGUCCUGUAGUGGCCCAGCUUCAAAGAUAUUUUCUACACGACUAA